AAAAAAAAAUCACGGGCCUAAAGAGAAAUUAUCAUCUGCUACGUCGUCGGCGACAACAGCGACACUUAUCAGAUCACUCUCGUCCCUUCCAAGCCUGACGAGUACCAGAAGCUCGGUUCGUUCACCCUAAUUGGACUGAACCUGGUGAGACAGUAAUUAAGAAGAAAGAUCAAAGAUGUCAUCACUGGGAACAUCGAAGGGAAUUCUAGAGAUUGCAAAGUUUGGUGUUUACGUCACUGUACCAAUCGUUCUUAUGUACGUUUAUGCUAGCAAUACCGAUAACACUCUCCACAAGUUCAUCGGAAAAAAGUCAUACAUUGAAUAUCCCAAGGAUACGCAAAAGCCACCACCACCAGAGGAACUUAGGGAGAUGGCGAGGGAACUAGCUCGCAAAAGGAACAACCCUUGAUGCUCCUUGUGGUUUGGUUGUGCUUUAGUGGUUAUGUACUAGUAUCUGUAACACUUAUUAUACAGUUCAAUAUGCUGUUGUUAUGUAUAAUGAAUGAAUUCUAAACUACUCUAAAUAAAAGUUUUUUCUAUUUUUUU